AUGACGUCAUUAAAAAAGUUGCAAUGCGAAAUGGCGGAAGGAACAAAAGCCUUCUUCGAAGCCAUGGCAGAGGGACCUCCUAAACUGAUGGUGUUUGGCGGAGUGUGUUCCAACGUCACAGCUCCGAUUGCAGAAGCUGUUAUAUGGUGGAAGUUAGUACAGCUGUCUUACGCAAACACAGAGCCAUUUUUAUCAGAACGUGAGAAGUACCCUACGUUUUUCCGCACCGUUCCUUCUGAAGCUGACUUCAACCCUGCCAAACUAAAGUUACUAGAAUAUUACAACUGGACCCGCGUUGCUACGAUUCACCAAGACACGCCACGAUUUUCUAUGGCGCACAACAAAUUAACGCGUGAGCUUGAAGACGCGGGAAUUAAACUACUGAAAGUAGCAAGUUUCGCAAGUGACCCAGAAAGUGCUGUUCAUCUUAUAAGUGAAUCUGGAGCGAGAAUUAUCUUGGGUUAUUUUGAAGAGGAGAUGGCAAGAAAAGUCUUCUGUCAUGCAUAUAAGAGUAAACUCUAUGGUAGUAAGUACGUAUGGAUUCUCCCCGGUGGCUAUUCUGAUACAUGGUGGAACCACACAGAUAUAUUAGACGAUUGCUCCGCGGAUGACGUAUAUACAGCUAUCGAUGGUUACUUAGCAACGGAUAUUCUACCCUUGAGUGCUAACGACGGGAAGACCAUAUCUGGAUUUACAGCAAGUGAGUAUGAACAUCACUACAAUGAAAUACGAGGUGGCAAUUUUACGAAUCUCCAUGGUUACGCGUACGAUGGAGUGUGGGUUCUUGCACUAGCUUUACAUACCGUCUUAAUUCAACUUGGCGAUGACUAUACAGCACUGACUCAGUUUGACUAUAAUAACUCUUACAUAUUGGAUAUGUUCAUGGAAGCGAUGAAUGAGACUGAUUUUAUGGGAGUAACUGGUCCAGUGAAAUUCAAAGAUGGCAAUAGACUUGGUACAAUUUUGUACAAACAGUUCCAAGGUGCAAGAGAGAAGAUAGUUGGUGAAUUCUAUGCUUACAGUGACAUGUUUAACUUGAGUGCAGGGGACAUAGUAUGGGCCGAUGGUUCGCCACCCAGAGACCAGCCACUGAUUUACCGUAUACCACGGGGAAUAUCAUUCGUUUUGUAUAUUGUAAUGUGUUGUCUUAGUUACCUCGGUAUCUUGCUGGCUCUAUUGUUUUUAUUUUUUAACAUGAGAUUUAGAAAACACAGAUAUAUAAAGAUGUCGAGUCCAUAUAUCAAUAAUCUUAUUAUAAUCGGUGGAAUAUUUUGUUAUGCGUCCAUUUAUGUUAUUGGCCUUGACAAUCACGAAAUCGACGAUUUGUCUUUUGAAAUUGUUUGUUCAGCUCGAGCUUGGCUCCUAGCAAUUGGGUUCACGCUUUCAUUUGGAGCAAUGUUUAGCAAAACAUGGAGAGUACACAGUAUAUUCACUAAUAUAAAGAUGAAGAAAAAGGUUAUACGUGACCAUAGGCUGUUUACUAUUGUAGGAAUUCUUUUAUUAGUAGACGUUGUUAUACUAAUAUCGUGGGAUAUUAAAGAUCCACUAAGACGAAAACUUAUCGAGGCACCAGAGGAGCCAGACCCAGGAGGAAAUGCUGACGUCACUAUUAUCCCUAUUAUGCAGCAGUGUCAGAGUGUUCAGAUGACGAUAUGGCUGGCAGCUAUUUAUGUCUAUAAAGGGGUGCUUAUGGUGUUUGGAUGUUUUCUCGCCUGGGAGACUCGCCACGUUAGUAUACCUGCAUUAAACGAUAGUAAAUACAUCGGUAUGAGCGUCUAUAACAUAGUCGUGGCUUGUAUGAUUGGUGCUGCUUUGUCUUUCAUUAUACAAGACGAUACCAACGCUGCUUUCGGAAUUAUCUCUGUGUUUAUUCUCUUCUGUACAACGCUAACAUUGUGUCUAGUGUUUGUGCCAAAGGUUAGUAAAGAUAAUUGUUCUGUGAAUUGCCAGUGUAUCCGUGCUACUGAAUGCAGGGCCAAGGGAAAUACGAUUAAAAUAUAUUAUGCUCUUAUUUAA